AAAAAAAAAAAAGAAAGACACCGUCAAUUCGCAUCGCCAAAACCAGGCACUUCCACACGUGACGCUGGCCAGGUUGGGGCUGUCCAUCUUUCUUCGCAUCGCGAUCUUAAGCUUAUUUUUGUAUUUUGACCUUGCAUCCUGGUCUCCUCCGAGUCAAUCCCUUUCGCCUGGGUUCUACAGUUCUCGUCCCCUCCCGCGGCCAUGUUAUCCGGCACGUCCAUCUUCCCGCACUGGCGGCGCAAAGCAGCCGAGCGCUCCAGCAACAGCUCCUACGAAGUGCCUUUCUUCCUCAACGCAGCUUACUAUCCCAAUUGGAGGAUCUACCGGAAGCAACCCCCGUCAGCCCUCCGAUUGGGCUUCAUCUCUCAUAUCUUCUACGCGUUUGCUUGGGUCAAAGAAGAUGGCACCGUCUAUCUCAGUGACGAAUGGGCCGACACCAAGAUGCCCGUCGACGGCACCAACGGCUGCCUGCGGGCGUUUGCACAGCUUAAACCACAGUACUCGAAGAUGAAGCUCAUCCUCUCUGUCGGGGGAGGGGGCAAAGGCAGCGAGAACUUUGCCCUGGUGGCCCGCAGUCAGGCCCGCACCGAGACGUUUGUUCGCAGUGCCAGAGCGCUGGUGGAUCAGUUUGGUCUGGACGGCAUCGACGUGGACUGGGAAUACCCCUCCGACCCACAAGAAGGCUCGGAUUAUAUCCGUCUCCUGGCGCGACUGCGCGAGGCCCUCCCAACCCCGCGUUAUGUGUUGGCCUCCUGUCUGCCCGCCGGCCCGUGGGCCCUCCGUAACAUCGAUCUCGCCAAGGCGCAGCUCUAUCUCGAUCUGAUCAAUCUCAUGGCGUAUGACUUUUCCGGGCCCUGGGAGAGUCAGACGGGUCAUCAGGCCCAGCUCUUCAGCAAGCACCCCUCCGCCACUUCGUGCCAAAAUGCCGUAUCGUAUGUGUUGAGCCAGGGAGUCGAUCCCAAGAAGCUUCUCUUGGGCGUUCCCGCCUAUGGCCGCUCAUUCUUGGGUAGCAAUGGAGUCGGACAGCGGUACGUAGGCUGUGGCGGCGAGGACGGCGUCUUCGAUUAUAGCGAGCUGCCGCGACCGGGGGCCAAGGAGCAUCACGAUAGCAGCGUGGGCGCGGCGUACUGUGUGGGUGGGGAUGGCGGGUUUGUCACGUAUGAUACCCCUCAGACGGUGCAGCAGAAGGCGAAAUUCGUCACGAAGAUGAAACUGGGCGGGCUAUUCUAUUGGCAUAUCGGAGGCGAUGCGCGGGGCCCGCGAAGUCUGAUCGAAACGGGGUAUAACACUUUGCAUGAUAUGUAGCGGCUGCUGUUGUUGCUGCUUCAGCAUUAGGAUGGGAAAAAGCAAAAAAAAAAAAAAAGAAGGAAA